AUGGAAUUCCUGGGGCAUCUCCUUCUUGCUGCACUUCUAAUUAGUUUUAAUUUGCUUGCAGCAAAUGCCCAACACCGUGGAGUAUUUCCAAGUGCUCGUGCCUUCAAUAAAAUUGAUCGUAGUGCUGUCCCCUUAUCUCCAAGCUUUGGUAUAGAUGUACUCAACCGGAGCAGUUUUCCCAAAGGGUUCAUCUUUGGGGCUGCAUCUUCUGCUUAUCAGGUUGAAGGCGCUUGGAACAUUGAUGGCAAAGGUCCAAGCAACUGGGAUGUUUUCACUCACAAAUUCCCAGGUAAAAUUUCAAAUGGUAGUAACGGAGAUGUGGCAGCAGACUCCUACCAUCGAUAUAAGGAGGAUAUCAAACUCUUGAAGGAAAUGAAUGCAGAUUCUUAUCGCUUUUCAAUUUCUUGGCCUAGAGUAAUACCUUAUGGCAAGAUUAGCAAAGGCAUAAAUGAGAAAGGAAUUGAUUUUUACAAUAAGCUCAUAGACGAAAUUCUAGCUUAUGGUUUAAAGCCAAUUGUGACAAUUUUUCACUGGGACUUGCCCCAAGCCUUAGAUGAAGAGUAUGGAAGCUUCGUGAGUCCUAAAAUUAUAAAGGAUUUUCAUGACUACGCAAAUCUACUGUUUGCGAGGUUUGGUGAUCGAGUGAAAGAUUGGAUCACAUUCAAUGAACCUUGGACCUUUAGUUCAAAUGGUUAUGAUAGUGGAACCUUUGCCCCUGGUCGAUGUUCUGCUUGGAUGAAUAAUAACUGCACCGGUGGAAAUUCAGGGACAGAACCCUACUUGGUGGCACACCACCAACUUUUGGCUCAUGCUGAUGUAGUUAAAUUAUACAGGAGAGUGUAUCAGGCUCGCCAAAAAGGACAAAUUGGGAUUACACUAGUCACUGCAUGGAUGGUGCCAUUUUUAAAUUCACCUCUUGAUCAACGAGCAGCCAUUCGUGCCCUUGAUUUCAUGUUUGGAUGGUUUAUGAACCCUUUGGUAUAUGGUGAUUAUCCCGCUUCAAUGAGAAUUCUUGCCCGCGACCGACUUCCCAAAUUUACAUCAAAGCAAUCUAAAGAACUGAUAGGGUCAUAUGAUUUUCUUGGAUUAAAUUACUACACAGCUAGUUAUGCUGCCCAUGUUACAACUCCUCCAAAUAAGGUGAAUUUAAGCUAUAGCACAGACCCGCAAGUUAACGUUACAGCGAGCCGCAAUGGGAAGCUCAUUGGCGCACAGGCUGCUUCAACUUGGCUUCUUCUUCUUCUUCUUCUAUGGGUUGAUGAAGUAAAUAAUCCCACAUUACCACUUAAGCAAGCUCUUCAAGACAGCUUUAGAAUCCGAUACUACUAUCAGCACCUUCAGUAUGUCCGAAAAGCAAUCAAAAAUGGCGUUAGAGUGAUGGCAUACUAUGGAUGGGCAAUUAUUGACAAUUUUGAGUGGAGUGCUGGAUAUAGUGUCCGUUUUGGAAUCAAUUAUGUAGACUAUAGUACCUUAAAAAGAUUCCGUAAGCUCUCUUCUUACUGGUUUGAGAGAUUCCUCCGCAAGUAA